AUGAAGAACAUCCUCCGCUCCAUCUCGUACUCAAUGGCACUUGGUGCUCUCGUCAACACCCGUGUAGCUCUCGGAAAUCCAGUCAUCUGGAUCCCCGCGGAGGGGACGACUCUCACCGCUGGAUCAGAGGUUACUGUCAUGGUCCAAGAUUCUUCCUAUGCGACCCCCAUCAAGGAAACCAGUCUCAGUAUUGGCCUGAGCCCCUGUACCGAAACUUCCUGCCCUACACCCGACACAUCCGUGUUAUAUCUCCUCUAUACUGGUGCAUUUGACCCCCAACGACCCAGCUCCCCUGUCAACUACGACCCGGGAAGCUAUGCUUUCCAGAAUUUCACUGUCACAGUCCCUGCUGAGGCUGAAAGUGGGAGUUAUACAUUGGGAGUUUUGCAUUCGUACUGGGGUGAAUCGGCUGUUCCGGUAUACUUCCCCUCGACUGACGUCGCCACUGUGACUGUGAAUAUUGUUUCGGCUUAG